AUGUCUAGCAACCCACCCGCCCCGUCCUCGUCCAAGGCCUCUGCAUCCACUGGACCCGUCUCUCCCGCCCAGAACCAGGCCCCCUCCAUCAGCACCAGUAGCUUCUUUGCGCAGCCGCGGGGCAGCGGAACGUCGGCGCGGUCCUCGCCCACGCCUCGCAACAGCCAGCAGCAGAAGAAGCAGCACAAAGGCUCCAAGCGCUUCCGCCAGACGGAUGAGGAUGCCAUUGCUGAAUCACUCGCCAUGCGCCCCUUCAGCAACAGGAAGGGCCAAACGUCCAUCACCCACCUCAUGAACUUUAGCCUUCCCCCACGCCCGUCCAACCACCACCAGUCGCACGGCUACGGAAGGAACUACCGGCGCAAUCCCACAUGGGGCCUCGGGUCUGGUUACCACGCCGUCGACAAAGCCCGAUAUGUGCACGCCAACUACCGCUUCAUCGUCGAUCCUCGCGGCGACUAUCGCGCUCAGAGCGUUGAUGCCGAUAUCCACCUGGACUGGAAUAAUGUCCUGCAAAUAUUGGCAUCCGAAAUCUCCCAGGAAGCGUCUUGUCCCAUCUGCCUCGGGAUGCCAGUAGCCCCGAGGAUGGCCAGAUGCGGUCACAUCUUCUGUCUCCCCUGCCUCAUCCGCUACAUGCAUUCUGAAGACGACGGAAAAGCACCAGAGAAGAAGGCGCGAUCUAAAAAAUGCCCACUAUGCUUCGACACCAUCUAUGCCUCCGAAACACGACCUGUCCGCUGGUACACUGGGCAAGAGGGCGAGGCUCCACGAGAGGGAGGCGAUGUUGUCCUGCGCUUGGUGGUGAGGUCAGCUGGAAGUACAUUAGCCAUGCCACGCGACGGCGCCGAUGCUCUGCCUAAGGACCAGGACAUACCCUGGUGCCAUGCGGCAGAGGUAACAGACUAUGCUCGUGUCAUGCGAGGUGGGGAGGACUACAUGCUCGAACAGUUGGAUCAGGAAAUCGUUAAACUCGAGCAGCAGGGCAAAGAAGACGAGGUCAUGUUUGCUGAAGACAGCAUGGAAUGGACAAAGAAGGCAAUACGAAACAUUCGAGAGCUCAAGGAGAAAUUCAAGGGCAUCGGAAACCCUCCUGAAGAGCCUGUCAAGCCUACAGAACCCAAGACGAAAAGAGCUCCAAUUGUCUUUGAUGACGAGGGAGCCGCACCAGACAUGUAUCACAUCCAGAACGCUUCCAAGUCUGGCCAAGAUUACACACCACCGCAACCCGCACCCGAAUCUUCGAGUACCAAAGAUCGGGCCAUGUCUGUUUCGUCGCAUUCAUCUGCCACCAGUCAUAGCAUGUCUUUGACUCUCGCUGAGCUGCGUAACCGACAACACCAUGAGCACCACAAAACGCCAUCCGAGUAUUUCUUCUACCAAGCGCUACUUCAUUAUUAUCUGUCACCAUUAGACAUUCGCAUUUUAAAGGCCGCCUUUGGUAAUUUUGCUUCUUUCCCGUCAACAAUUCUACCGCGAGUGGAGCACGUCUCUACCGGCCAUGUUGUAGACGAUGAACUACGGAAACGUACAAAAUAUCUAGCACAUUUGCCAUAUGGCUGCGAGGUUGGAUUUCUCGAGUGCGACUGGACGGAUACUGUUGCCCCUGAGAUUCUGGAGCGAUUCCGACCAGAAAUCGAGAGGCGACGUAAGAAGCAUACCGAGAAGGAGACAAAGGAGGAGAAGGCACGGCAACGCGCGGAGAAGGCUGAGUAUGCCGAGUUCACGUCAGCACGCAGAAGACGGCCAAGCAUCACGGAGAGGUUUUCUGCGGAUGACUUCCAGCCUCUGGCAUCUGGAAGUGCAACAGACGCACAGCCCGCUGCAGACGGUGACCAUACUUCGACAUCACCGCCCUGGCCGGCACGACGUGGUGAUGGCUUCGCCUCAUUGGCCUCUCCCUCUACCAGUCCGUCGGCUCCUCGAACUGUGUGGGGCACUGCAGUCGUUGCGGGGACAUCUCCCGUGCUAGCCCCACACGACCAUGCGGAUGGUGACGACGGGUGGCUGCAAGGCUGGGAGAAGGAUCUGCUUGGGGAGGAGGACAUGAUUGCCCAGGCACAGGCCCUGUCGUUGGCUGAGGGCGAAGAAGCGCCCAAGAAGGGCGGUGGUAAGAAGAAGAAGGGCAAGAAGAUUACACUUAUGAGCACAAAUGUAAGGAGGGGCGCAUGA